AUGUCGACGGCAUCAUCGCACAGGAACAGAGAGACGCUCUGCUGCAGCACUACUAGUAAUGGCAACAAUGAAAACGAGGCGGCCACUACUAGAAGUGCAUUGGAAGAUGUUAAAGUCGACACUCCGCGGAUAGAUGAUGCUCCGAUCCAAUCUUUGGCAUCUCGUACCCGAAGGAGUCGAUCGAGAGCAAGAGGUUGUGGGAUGAAUGUGUUGGUGUUUUUAGUGUUGUUUCUGGUGGUUAUGGUCGUCCAUGGCGCUCACGUAAGUGAACAUCAGCCCAAGGAGGAUCAACAGAAUCCAGAGGAAGCUACUAGAUCAGAUGAUGAUGAAGAUGUCAGGGUGAAUGGCAUGUCCCAAGAGGAUCAGCAGCAGCAAGAGAAGAAGACGCAAGCACUGGAAGAAGUGUUGCACAAAUUGCAAGAACAAACCAAACAGCUAGACGAGUUGUUGGAGCGGCAAAAACAGCAAAAAAUGUCAGAAGAGGAAGGUGAUCCAGCAAUGGAUUCCACUACUACUAGUAGUAGUAGUAGUGAGAAGAAACAGACAAAAUUGGAACAAGAUGAUCAUGGGAUUUGGAUAUUGGAAUCUCAUCGAUCGUUUCCCGUGGUUCUACAGAAUCAACAACACGAUGCCGAUCCUCACGGACUCUUAUUGGCGUUGAUUCAUUCGUCCGAUGACACGGCAUGUGCCACGGACGUGCAAGACAAGUGGUUGACCAAACUACACGAUGCCGCGCAAUACGUCCAACAAUUAAUACAGACACCAGACAUUUACUUUGGAUCACUCGACAUUCACAGCAGUCAAGAAAAGGCUGCCGAAUGGUUGGACAAUGUCGGAGUCGACACUACACCCACUUUGGUCUUUGUUGUGGCACGCAAUUUCCCACACACCACCACAUCAGAACAGCAGCAACAACAACAAGCCUUUCUCUUGGAUUACAUUGGUCCCAUGGAAACGGCACGGGAUGUGGGCAAUACCGUCUUGCAGUAUUACCUACGACUCUUUUGGACCAGCUCAACGCCACAGCAAACCGACUACUACAAACCAUUCUCGCAUCAUACCGACGAAUUUGCCACACAAAUUGUACCCAAACAAUUGACCAACCUUCAGGAAUUACGGUCGCUGUGGGACCAUCAAUGGUGGCCCUUGAUACAACCCAUUGCCCGCAGUGUCCAACACUUGCCCGGUGGAGUCAGUCCCAAAUGGGGACCGGAAGAUUAUUCCUAUAUUCAGUGGUUAUUACAACAACAAUCGUCGCAACAAUCGCAACAAACGGUCAAACUAUUGAUUCAAUGUCAAUCUCCCACCAAGGAUCCCAUUUUAUUGGAUCUGUACACCAGUUUUGCCGAACUGGCAUGGGUACUCUCCAGUCGUCGCGAUGCCUGGUUUCUCGCCAUUCAAGAUUGUAAUAAUGACAUUGCAAUGACACCCGCACAAGUCGCCGUCUACUCGUUUUCCUUGCAAGAUCGGCAUCGUCAUGCGCGACCGCCCAAUUGGAACCAUCAUCCCAUCAUCUCGGACACUACUACAAGUACUACUAUGGAUGAUGACCAUGACGAUGAUGAUGAUGAUGAUCCCGUGGCCACCGCCAAACAUCGUUUUCGACGAUUCCUCGUUCAACAAGUCACACCCUCCGUACUUUGGUUCGAUCGAUAUGCCACGGCACCCAUUGCUUUUGCCAAUGAUUACAAAGUCCAUGCCUUGUUGAUGGUCAAUAUGCAUCCCUUUUUGACAACAACCAACGAACAAGAUCGAUAUGCACCUGCACUGCAACGAGUGUUGCAAACCUUUCAUGAUGAAUGUCAUCAUCAACAACAACAAAUGAUGUGUCUCUUGGUACCCAGUACCGAAACGAGAAUAUUGACCACCUUGGGAGUGGAUUUUUGGACGCCAUUGGAUCAACGAGCGACGGGUCCUUUGGACAACGAGGAGCACGGCACGGAACCCGUGUUUCCGACACUGUUCCUUACGGAUCGGAGACCCUUGCGGCAUACGUACAGCGAUGGAACUACGACCACCACGCAUGGCGUACGACGAUACCGACUUGGACCUCCUCACAUCUUGCAACAGGAAAACAACAACAACAACAACAACCCCGUCUCUCAAUUCAUUCAAGACUUUUGGAAUAGACGAUUGACGCCUGAACUACGUAGUCAAACACCCACGCCCCAUGCCAAUGUCAAUUCCUACGGUGUCGUUACCUUGACGGCGAUCGAAUUUCAGCAACGAUUUCAACAACUACAAUCACAAGAGGCAACGGACGACACGCAGCAGCAAUCACAACAAGAACACGCACUCGUGCUCUUUACAUCCCCCACAUGUGGUCACUGCAAACGAUUCCAUGCCACUGUGUUUUAUCGUGUUGCAGAGCUUCUGCGAGAUUUGAGAUGGGACUCGCACAUGGCAUUGUACAUGAUGGAUGUCAGUCAAAAUGAAGUACACAACAUUAGUAUCCCGUGGUUGCCCGAUGUGUACUACUUUCCUCCUCCUGCAGCAGCAACCGCAGCCGCACCCAUUCGGUACGACAGCGAGGAUGACUUUCAUAAUGGUGUGGGACGGCUGCGGGAUCCCAUGGAACUGCUGGAAUGGUGGCUCGAUGUCAUGAUUGGAGGUGGGGAUUGGGGUGGUGCCGGUGCCGCCGCUAUGGAUCCCGAUGUCUUGUUGGAUAUCCUGGACGACAAGGAUGUUGUGGUGGAAGAAGAACAAGAACAACCGGAUCCGGAUCCGCCACAGCAACCAGUACAGCCGGAACAAGAAAUGGCGUCCAAUGAUGCAGAGAGAAUACAGGAAGAGAGCUAA